AGAAGGCAUUGUUACACUGGUGGGCUGUUUUCUUGCUUGUUUGCUUUCCUCUACUUCUUCUCCUUCUUCUCCUUCUCCUUCAGCUUUCUCUUCCCGAAGUGAAGUAGAGUAUUAUCUUCCUUGUCUCUUCAGACGUCCAUUCUUUCAUCCAACAAUCUUUUCAUCGUCCCCGCCAACGGAGACAGUCCUGUCAUUCACAAUGAGACUAUUCGGAUAUCGAUCGGCGGAUACAACCCUCGGCCUGCUGUGGACACUGUCGUUCUUUGCGAGCACUUCGGCCGCGGUUUUAGGCCGAAGACAAGAGGUGGUUGUUUGUAGUGCUUCCGAGCUCAGAUGCACCGUUGCUGGCGCUCCGCAGUUUUGUUGCCCGGCAUCGCUGCAAUGCGGGACUGUACGGAAUUCAUGCAUCGAUAAAGCGUCGCCGACGGGACUCCUCACCGCUAGCAAUACCGUCGCCGAUACCAAGAGCAUCAACACAUCAUCACCCUCACCCAGCAUAUCAUCCGGUGCUUACCCAUCGUCACUCGCAUCUGGGACUGCCAAUCCCACUGCUACCGCAAGCACCGCCGCUGCGACCCUGGGACAAGACAAGUCCGCUAAACCACCCAUCAUCAUAAUAGCAAUUGCGGCCAGCGCCGGUUCGCUCUUAAUAAUCACACUUGUCUCCUACUUCUGCUAUCGGAAGCGAAAGCAAGGUCGGCAGAUGCUGGCCGCAUAUGAGGAUCCGAAACGGAAGCCUUAUGGAUCGGUCAUUCUUGGGUCGGGCGAGAAGGCAUUGUCUCUACGCGAAUUGCCAUCACCGCCGCCGACAGCACGUGCAACCCUCUCGGACGAUGUACUGGCCAUGUCCCUGAAACCAGCGGGCCUCAAGGAGACUGAUCAUGCUCCGACCGUCCAGGUUGAAAAUCCAGCUGGGACCGUCGAGGCUGGCAUCACUGUGUGCAAGCCAUGUCUGAAGCCGGCGAGUUGUGGCGAGACCGAGAAUGAAAUGCAACUGGCCCCACCAAUCGAGUUGCAUCCGGCCUUUUCAAAGUUUCUCGAACCACAGUCUUAUGAUAUCUACUCUCCCGAGAGCCCUGGAUGCCUUCAGAUGUCACCCCAAGAGGCGGCAGGGCCACUGGAGGAUGGUGGACAUACUGCCGGCAAUGGAGACAACGGCUUUUGUCCACAGGAGUCUUCGCUUCCUCGGAUUGAGACCCCUCCUUUUAACCCACCCCCACACACGCCACGCACGCCACUCACGCCUCAAGAGUACAACCAGGAUAUCUUCCAAGAGUAUCUCCAAGAUUUUCAGGAGGAUAUGGAAGAGGAGUACAUUGAGGAGUCCCCCAGCAUGUGGAAUCAGCAGGCCGAGUUCCCAGCCCCAGGAGGACCACGUUUCAACAAGCAACGGGAUUCCUAUGCGGACACAGCCGACAUCUACGCCUCCUAUGCCCCGCAAGGUUCACUCGAGAUCCAUUGCCCGUCGCCGACCUACCCGCAGGACAUGUCACUUCCGCAAAGACUCGAGACACCUAACCACUCGCCUCGUACUCCACCCCCACUGAGUCCACUCCGGGGCCAUUGGUCUCAGCAGCCUGCUCCCCGCGAGUUGACGCCGCCGCAACGGCCGAUGACUGCCCACAUGACGCCGCCAACAUUGCAGCCACAGCCCAGGUUUCCGGUGACGACUACGCCGCCCCCACCGAAUACCCCGCCGCGGCCGAAGACGGCUAGUCCGUCCAGGCCGCCGAGAGGGCCCGAUGUCUAUGUUCCUCUCGAGAUGGUGAUCCAUUAUCCGCAGAUGAUCAUGCCUCACGCUUUGUAGGCUGCAUCACUCGGUCAUUUCUCACUCUCCUUUCCCACGCACUCUUUCCAUCAUUAUGAUACGCACUAGCACUAGCAUUUGAUUUUCGGUUUUCGGUUUUGGUCUUGGUUUUGUUUUUGGUUUUCGGGGCGCGGUUGUUUUUCCUGUAAUUGUUGUUUUUGAUUUUUUUUUAUCGCUCUGGCGCGUGAGGUUGCUUAUUGUUUAUUGAUUAUUGGGGACUCCGGGAUCGGAGCGGACACACCACUACUAGUACUUAAGUAACUAUGGGGAAUGAAGAUGAACGGGCAUGUACGGAGGAGGUGUUGGAUGGGGUUUGCACUGGUGGGUUUCGGUAUUGGGGUUGGGGAUCGGGGUUGGGCAUUGGGGUUGGGGAUCGG